AGAACGAACGAAGACAGUAGGGAACAGUGAAACAAAUCAAAAACACCGCUUCAAACAUUACAAGCGCACCUAAAAACUAAACGUUUCCAUUCUAAUACUAUAAAGUUGCUGCCAAGUUACUGACCAAUAAUGUCGAAUAAAGCCCAUCCGCCAGAGUUGAAAAAAUUCAUGGACAAACGAAUGAUGCUGAAAUUGAAUGGCGGUCGUACGGUGGCCGGCAUACUGCGUGGAUUCGAUCCGUUCAUGAAUGUCGUCAUUGACGAAACGGUGGAAGAAUGUCGCGAUGGUACACGCAACAACAUCGGUAUGGUGGUGAUUCGGGGCAACAGCAUCGUAUUGGUGGAGGCUUUGGACCGGGUGGUUUAGCUCUGAAUGCAUCAGAUACGAAAUGUGUAAAGGGGAUGACAAAUAAAACGAAAACCAAAUCUU